AUGGAGGAGUGGGAGUAUAUAGAGGAACACAGGGGUCUGUACAAGGACGUGAUGAUGGAGAAUCACCGGCCCCUCACAUCACUGGACGAUCUACAUGAUGAAGAAGAAGAAGAAGAAGAAGAAGAAGAAGAGACGCAUGUGAGGGAUGAUCAGCUGUGUAAGGAAGAGGAAAUCCUUACAGUUAUCGGCACAGCAGAUGGACAGAGCCGCCAGAACACCUUGGAGGGACAUCUCGUUUCAUCUGCAGAGUGUGAAAUAGAUAAUGGCAUCACACAGGAUUCCCCAGGAGGAAACCCCAUUGCACCAAAUCCAGUUCUAUGCAAUCCAGAAUUAUCAUCCGGUCCGUCUAUGCAUGAUACCUCUGUUCUCACACAUAAUAUGCCUCGUCGGGGGAAUAAAUUAUUUCCAUGUUCUGUGUGUGAUAAAUGCUUUGCCCGGAGAGAAACCUUUACGAGGCACCGGAGGAGUCACAUCGGGGAGAAGCCAUUUCCAUGUUCUCAGUGCGGGAAAUGUUUUUCCAAGAGAUCAGGUCUGGCUAAGCAUCAGAGAUUCCACUCCGACAAUAAACCCUUCACGUGCUCUGAGUGUGGGAAAUGGUUUACACAUAAAUCAUUUUUUAAUAUACACCAGAGAACUCACACAGGGGAGAAGCCCUUUUCGUGCCCGGAGUGUGGGAAAUGCUUCGUUCGGAAAUUCGCCAUUGUGGAACACCAGAGGAUUCACAGAGGGGAAAAGCCAUUCCCGUGUGCGGAGUGUGGGAGAUGUUUUACCCAGAGAUCAAGUCUGGCUAAGCAUCAGAGAUUCCACUCCAAAUGUAAAUCAUUCCCAUGCUCUGAGUGCGGGAAAUGGUUUACACGUAAAUCAUAUCUGAUUAAGCACCAGAGAACUCACAUGGUGAAGAAGCCGUUCUCCUGUUCCCAGUGUGAGAAAUGUUUUGCGCUGAAAUCGGUUCUCGCCAGUCAUCAGAUGAUUCACACGGGGGAGAAGCCCUUCUCAUGCCCAGACUGUGGGAAAUGCUUUGCGCAGAGAUCCGUCCUUGGGGAACACCAGAGGAUUCACAGAGGGGAGAAGCCAUUCCCAUGCGCGGAGUGUGGGAAAUGUUUUACGUACAAUUCCGACCUCAUUAAGCACAGGAGGACUCACACGGGGGAGAAGCCAUUUCCCUGUACUGACUGCCGGAAGAGUUUUACCCAGAAAUCACAUCUUAUUAAACAUCAAACAACUCACAACAAUUAA